AUGUUUAAUAAAAUAGACGUAUUAUUACAGCAAACAUCUAUCUAUCUAUCUAUUUCAGCCUCUUCCUUAUCUAUCUAUCUCAAUCUUGACUGUUAUAUUUGUCUCUCUCUCUCUCUCUCUCUCCCCCCUUCCCCAAGUUUUCUUCUUUUUGACUUCUCCCUUGUGGAACUCUCUCUCUCUCUCUCUCUCUCUCUCUCUCUCUCUCUUCAAAUAUUUAAAUGCAAUGUCAAUCCCCUUUCCCCACCUGUUAGCACCCCCCCGUCCCUGACUCCUACACAAUUCUCUUUUUCCCCUGGUUCGCUCAGGUCCCCUGAUCUUUGUCCGCAGAUUAUAUCUAAUCCCGACUUCUCAGCUUUCUCUGCCGACAUGGGAGGCAGCACAGGAAGAGAAGAAGCGUUAAAGAAGGGUUCUUCCGUUGUUUGGGCCUUUCAUUUUCUCUCUCUCUCUCUCUCUCUCUCUCUCUCUCUCUCAACUCCUCAGUUUUAUUCAGUGUCUCUUUUCUUUUUCUUUUUUUUGCCUUCACUUCUUAUCAUUAUGUUGACUCUCUCUUCGCUUGACAAAAUAUUAUUUUCCACUUGGGCCAUUUUCUUCGCUUUUUUUUUUCUUUCUUUGUCUUAUUGA